CGGGGUCCUUCCUCUCCUCGUCUAGCCGAGGGUCAUGUACAAAAUCGCAUAGCAACCUUCUGCCGUCAAGAUAAGCUCUGUUUUAAUUAGACGUAUUUAGUUGUACAUUGUUUGAAGACAUGAUGGGCGGCAGAACGAGUGCGAUAGCGGCUGGUGUCGGCGCGGCGCUUUUCGUCGGUUACUGUAUCUAUUUCGACAGGAAGCGAAGGAGCGACCCAAACUUCAAGAGCAAGCUGAGAGAACGAAGGAGGAAGCAGAAAGCAGCACAGGAGAAAGCAGGACUGUCACGGCUACCGGAUUUGAAGGAUGCCGAAGCUGUUCAGAAGUUCUUCUUGGAAGAGAUUCAGCUGGGAGAAGAGCUGUUGGCGCAGGGAGACUAUGAGAAAGGAGUGGACCACCUGACCAAUGCCAUAGCAGUGUGUGGUCAGCCUCAGCAGCUCCUCCAGGUGUUGCAGCAGACUCUGCCUCCACCCGUCUUCCAGAUGCUCCUCACCAAACUGCCCACCAUCAGCCAGCGCAUCGUCAGUGCACAGAGCUUGAGCGACGACGACAUUGAAUAAGACGAGGCCCUUUUAAACACAUGACCCUCCCUCAGUGCAACCUUCUCUCAGCAGUUUCACUCCUCCAUGUUUAAAUUACUCUUUCUUCCUAUCCAUUGUGCAAAACAGCCAUCAAACAAACCCCCCUCCCCCCAUAGAAAAUAUGAAAAGAUUUUCCUCAAAGGCAACAUGAGCCUGUAAAUGAUAUCAUCAGAUGUUAGAAGUGUCUUUCAGUGUUUUGGCAACAUUUAACUGUAUUUUAUUGGAAAAAGUGAUUUAGAGGUUUGUGCUGUCCACACACAGCAGUUACUGUUUUUGAAUGUUGUAUAAACGGAUGAGAACGAA